AUGCACUGUGCAGUCUUCAACCUUUUGAUUUACGAAACACUUUUGUGCAAAGCCAUCCAUACAUCUAAAAAGCUAACAUCAGAAUUAAAAGCGACAAAUUUGUUUUUUUCCCAUCCACUGUGUAAUGAGAAGAAAUUAUUCUCCAAGAAGAUAAAUUCAUUCAGAGAUAAUUAUUUCAUGAAUAGAAAGUCGGAAAAAAAAACACAGACGAGGAACAUGUACACCCUUGCAGAAAACAACCACAAGAGUUUAAUCGACAAUCUUAAGGACAGAGGCAUAAUUGACGAUGACGACGUGUACGAAACGAUGCUACAGGUUGGUGCAAAUGUGAGAGGGACCCAUUGGGGGAGGGAGAGAGAGAGAGAAAAAAAAAAAAGAGGGUUCCUCACUUGA